CUGAUAACGCGUGAACUUGUGAUGAAAACUCUACAGUUUUUAAAUAUUUACAAUCAUUAUAUUUUAAUUCAUUAAAAAACAAAAUGUCUGCAGGUCGUGGUGCUUUAAUAGUAUUAGAAGGAUGUGAUAGAGCAGGAAAAUCCACUCAAGUGAAAAUGAUAAUUAGUGCUUUGAAUACAAACAACAUUCCCGUUGAAUCUAGAUGUUUUCCUGAUAGAACAACUCCCAUUGGAGCAAUAAUAGAUCAGUUUUUGAAAAAUAAACAAAAAUUCCCUUAUGAAACAAUACAUUUGUUGUUUUCUGCAAAUCGUUGGGAAUGCAAAGAUGAAAUUUUAAAGACUUUGCAUAGUGGUACUACCAUUGUUAUUGAUAGAUAUGCUGGUUCAGGUGCAGCUUAUGGGGCAGCUACCACUAGCCAAUCUUUAAAUUGGUGCAAACAACCAGAUAAAGGAUUACCUUCGCCAGAUUUAGUCAUUUAUCUUAAUGUUAGCAGCGAAACUCUGUCUCUACGUAAUAAGUGGGGAGAUGAACAUUUUGAAAAUGAAGAACUUCAACAACUUGUUGCUUCUAAUUAUAAGAAAUUAAUAGAUAAGACAUGGUACACAAUUAAUGCAGAUAAUGAUAUAUCAGUUAUACAUUCCCAAAUAUUAGAGAAAGUAUUAAAUGUUAUAAGUCAUGUUAAAGAUUUACCUGUAGGUGAAUUAUAUCAGUAA